AUGCCUCGCGGAAGCGCGAAUUAUUCUGCCCUAGUUUUGUUUAUCGGAGUUUACACGUUAGGAAUGACUUGUGCUCUACCAGACCCGGACCAAGAUGCCUUGAUGAAGGAAUCCCCUUCUGAACAUGUUGUUACACCCCCUAAAUCCGUUAAAAUCAUCGAUGCAAAUGAAAAUUUCUUGUUUGAUGAUUCGGUCGCCCUAGCUCACGCCCUUGGCUGUCCGCCAGAAAUGAAGCUUAAGACCUUAGCCAUCGUGGGUAACACGGGGGAUGGAAAAUCACACACCCUGAAUCGCGCAUUUUGCCUUGAAGGUGCUGGUGAUGGUGCAGAGGAUGUUUUCUUUACCUCCUCAUCUCAAUCCAACUGUACACUCGGAGUUUGGGCUGCUUUCGAGCCACAGCGUGGUUAUCUUCUUCUCGACACUGAAGGCCUUUUGGGUACCUCUGCAAACCCUAACCGUCAGCGUCGGCUGUUGUUGAAAGUAUUCGCGGUGGCUGACGUAGUGGUGUACCGAUCCAUGUCUGAUCGCCUACAUACGGACAUGUUCACUUUCCUGGCGGAUGCCUCGGACGCCUUUGUUCGUCACUUCCAGCCUCACCUGGAGGCCCUGGCUCAGCAGUACGAACUCCCUUGGUCCGCUCGCCAACUCGGUCCUGCGGUUCUCAUCUUCCAGGAGACCCGCCACACUCUUCCUCUUGUUGAUGAUGCGGAUGGAACUGCCUUUUUGAAGAAGAGGUUUGCUAGUAUCCAUCGUAAUGUGGACGCCUUUUCCAAUCUUCGCUACGUUGGAAUUCAGACCGCCUCGGGAUCCACGAAUUUCAGUCCUUUUGUGCGCGUUGCGGAUGAGUUAAUGUUGGAGACGUCGGUACGAGCGCCGCGUCGACUGGAGCACAUCUUCCGCGCGCUUUUGGGCUUGAGUCAGCACUUUGCCAACGACCUUCCAGAUGCAGCAGCUACGGCGGCGACUACGUUGACCUUUGUUCAAGAGUACUUCACCUGUCCCGCCCGCUGCACCGUGUGCCAUGCGCGAUGUGAAUUGGGCGUGAACCACACCGGUGUGCCGCAUCAGUCGCGUACUCGCGACUUAGGAGACGGAUGCGAGUACUCCCCUUUACUGCAGAAUAAAAUCUACUACUGCAAGCGCUGCUACGCGAUGGGCCGUCCCAUAGUCCUUGUACCCAAGGCGCUGGAGGAGAGGGAGAAUGCGGUUACGGGAGUGAUGAAGUACCUGUGGUGGGGCUACGUACUGAGCUGUCCACAUCACGGUGUGGUGUACCGUAGUCGUGCUCAUUGGUCCGGCAAUCCCCCACCCGAGGACUCGCCCCAGAUCCAUUGGCAGGUUGUCCACCUCUGGCCAGGCGAGACCUCCCUCCUACAGGGCGCGCAUCCAUUUGGUCAACUGGUGGUGGAUGGUCUUACUAGCGUGAGCGAGCAGGUUUCUCAAUUGGCCGGCCCACCGACGCGUCUCUUGAGCGAUUUUAUUGCAGACUCUGUGGCUCCCGCCUACUGGCAGCCCAAUUCGCAGAUCAUCAACUACACUGCCGGCGCCAAAGUGUCGCCUACAGACGACGCAGAGAAGCAUCACUGUAGAGCGUGUGGUCGUGGGGUAUGCGACAGCUGCUCCAAACACCGUAUCCCCGUUCCCGAUCGCGGGUAUGUGGAAGCGGCUGUGCGGGUGUGCGAUCGCUGCUACGCUUCGAAGACCCAUUCCAAUGGUAGUUCUUCUGCCUCCACUGCCAUGGCUUCACGUUAUUCUGGCAGUCCUGAUAUCCCUAGAUCUUCCGCUGGGACGUCCAGUCGGCGAGUUUUUGAACUCCUCUCCGCCACUGCAGGCUACAUUGCUCCUGUCUUCAGCACUCCUAAGCAACUGGUGAAAGCAGCGGUGAGACCAGAUUACUGGCAGCCGGACGAGGAGUGUACGCAAUGCGUGCUGUGCGGUGGCGCCUUUGGUGCGCGUUUAUCGAUCCACCACUGCCGAGCGUGCGGGCGAGGCGUCUGUGCAGGAUGCUCAAGCCGCCGCCAGCCGGUGCCACAGCGGGGGCUCGACUGGCCCAAUCGCGGUCUAGACAACACAUUUCGCAUCCUAUUGACCUCCGACAAUCAUGUGGGCUAUAUGGAAAAAGAUGGAAUACGUGGCAGCGACACUUUUAAGACUCUAGAAGAAAUUCUCUGUUUGGGACAAGAACAUAAGGUUGAUUUUAUCCUGCAAGGUGGCGAUCUCUUCCACGAGGUUCGUCCCUCCAUUCGAUGUCUGAAUGAAGUCCUCCGACUUUUUCGCACCCACUGCCUCGACGAAAGCCCAGUUCAAUUCGAACUGCUCAGCAAUCCUGCGCUCAUCUUCGCCAACACUUCCUAUCCUGGUGUCAACUACCUCGAUUUAAAUCUCAACAUUGGCCUCCCCAUCUUCGCCAUCCACGGCAACCACGACGACCCGAGCGGAUUUGGCAGCGUCUGUCCUCCAGACCUCCUCCACACCUGUGGUUUCAUCAACCUCUUCGGCAAAUUCGAUAGUGUGGAGGAACUGGAAGUUAGCCCUCUCUUGUUUCGCAAGGGUUCUACCAAUUUGGCAAUCUAUGGAAUUGGCGCGAUUCGAGAAGAGCGCUUGCAUCGUCUCUUUCGUGACAACAAGAUCACCUUUCUUCGACCGGACCAGGGCGAGUGGUUUUCGAUCGCGGUAAUUCAUCAGAACCGAGUUCGUCAUGGACCCACUGGAUAUCUUCCAGAGAACUUUUUGCCCUCAUUUCUCGAUCUAGUGGUUUGGGGACAUGAGCACAGCUGUCGAAUUGAGCCAGAGUGGAAUGGUACGGGCAAUUUCUACGUAAUCCAACCGGGAAGUUCGGUGGCCACCUCGUUGAGUGAAGGCGAAGCAGUUGAAAAGUGUGCCGGUCUCUUGGAGAUUCGAGACAUGGAAUUCAAGUUGACUAAACUGCCAUUGCGCUCGGUACGCAGGUUCGUGUUCGAGGAGGUGGUAUUGAAAGAUGAGUUAUCAGAGGUAGACGUCAAUUCACCCGAUGUGGGCUUGCGCGUGGAGCAGUUGUGUACUGCGCGCAUCCAGGCAGCUAUCGAUCAAGCUGUCGUGGUGACCGCAGAAUCACGUCAGCAGGAACGCGUGGUGAAGGCAGAGGAGGGUGCGUCAGAAGCGAUGAUAUUCAAACAGCCGUCAGAACCGCUGGUCAGACUGCGCGUUGACACAAGCGGUGGUUUUGAGAGAUUCAGCGCACUUCGAUUUGGUCAGAAGUUUGUUGGACGCGUGGCCAAUCCCAAGGACCUGAUCACCUUCACUACCAAGCGCGAUGACGCUACGUGUCGUGGAACCGCCAUUAACACCACUGCCUUCUCUCAGCCCGGGACAGGUUUGAAUUCCGCAACGGAGCGAGGCGGCUUUUCAGUAAACGAUGUGGAAUUUUUCAUCAGCCGUUACUUUGCCUCAAACUCUAAGCUCCAGUUAGAGCUCCUCACCGAGGUGGAGAUGGCCACGGCGCUGCGCCACUUCGUCAUUGGUGCUGACAACGAGGCCAUCCACACUACUGUGGCAAAGAUGAUGGCUCAGACUCGGGGUCAUCUGGCUGAAGUCCGAUGUGGUGAAGAGGAAAUCAUCCCAGAGGUCAUGCGAUUCGCAAACAUUCGUAGGAAAGCUGAGGUUGAUGAUAAAGCUGCAAGUGGUGCUCCUCUGGUUGUCUCGGUCUUUAUGCCUGGCGCUAGUAAUGUGACGCAACCUAAGUUGGUUUGUGUAGAGAUCGUUUACUUAGCUGGAAUAGUGAAGAAAAUGGCACAGAUGUUUGGUGCAAAACUCACAUUGUUGGAUCUAAUUCGACCUCCAAUGCACGAAUCUACUCCUUCCGCUUCAGUCAUUGAUGCCGGUUCUGUCAAAACAGAGUCCAUAGAGGAAGCUAUAUCGGACACAUCUGUAUCUACCCGCAGACGAUUGAAACGGAUAACCAGCCCCUUCGUUGCCACCUCUUCAGAUGAGUCGCGGGGUGAAACAGAAGAUCAAAUGCUUCUGAAUAUCAUUGAGGAGGUGUCAGAGGACGGUGAAAAUGUUUUUCGUACCGGCUGCGAUCGACCAAGUUCGAGUGCCCAUUCGAUUUCUGAAAAACAAAAUUCCACCGGCCGCAGACGAGGAGGUGGGAGACGUGGAUUUGGCGGUAAGGCCCCUCGGAGAGGCUUUGGCCUCACAAGGCGUGCGGCUGCAGCUAUCCCCGAAAUUUCAGACACUGAGGCGAUCUGCAUCGAUUCGGGAGAAUCCAAUGACUUCGGCGAGAUAUCAUUCGACCUUAGGCGGAAAAGAGUCGUUGAUUUCACAGAUCGCCUUAAUCCAAGAUCGAGAGUGCCUCAUUCUUCCGGGAAGUCGGAAUUCUACUGCUCAACUUGCGAUGUCCCUUUGUAUUCCCAAGUUAAUUUUGAUAUUCACGUGAAAGGAAAAAAGCACAUUGACAGGCAAAAGCAAGUAUUGGGCUCUCGAGGACAGGGUAUUUACGUUGUUGAGGGUGGUGACGAUCCCUAUAAAGGCGCUACAUUUACUAAACCUUCAAUAAAUGCCUUGAACCGUGUCCCUUCUAACUCUUCCAAUAUCAACCUUAAUGACUCUACAUCUGCGUUAUUUUGCAGUGUUUGCAAUCUUCAGUUAAAUUCUAAAAGCCAACUAGAGGCGCACAUGGAUGGCAAAAAGCAUCGAAACAAAGCCAGCUAUUGCAUUGAAAAGGUCAACAAUUCUUCACCCUCCAACUUACACUACCUGAAUACAGUUCCGUCCGAUGCUGUGACCAACAUUCCUUCAGUUAAAGACUUCGUACCGUCAAAUUCGACCCUGUGUUCUGUCUGUGACGUGCCGGUGGGAAUCGCAUCCAUGGGCCUCCACGAAAUGGGUCGUACCCACAUAUUCAAGUCUGCUAUGGCAAACUGCUCCAGACUUAGAUUCUUGACAGAGAUAUCUCAAUCCGACACGGAUAUUGUGUUACAAAUGCCAUUCGAGGACAGUGCAUCGAUCACGUCCAUAUCCCUGGCAAUAGCGUUGGGUUUGGUGCAGGAGAACCGCGCCACUAUUGAUCAGCCCUCCGACCACUGCUUUGCCGUCUGGAUUUGCUCUCAAAAAUUGGCCGUUUCACGACGGAUGGGAGAUGUACGUCUACUCCUCAAAAAUUUAACCAAUAACCGACCGCGUCUGGUAAACAUCGUGAAGGACACCUUCAGCAUGGACGAUAGGAGCUGUGGGAUUACUCAGCAUGAAAUUGCCUUUUCAACGCCUGACGUGGGUACUCUCCACCCCACUGGGCAUCCAUAG